AUGCAUCUCAUCCUGACAGGCGCGACCGGUCUCGUUGGCGCUUCGGUGCUCCAUAACAUGCUAGCCCAGGAGAGCAUCAGUCGUGUUUCGAUCCUCAGUCGGCGACCAGUCAAGAUGGCGGAGGGACAUGCAAAGGCGAAAGUCAUCAUCCACAAAGACUUCGAAACUUACGGAAAGGCGUUGUUGGAAGAGCUGAAAGAUGCGCAAGGUUGUGUCUGGGCUCAGGGCGUCUCGCAGAACGAUGUGGAUAAGAACGAAUACUUCAAAAUCACACACGACUACCCGCUUGCCGCUGCCAAAGCCUUCUCAACCCUCGACCCAAGCUCGCCGUUCACAUUCGUAUAUGUCUCUGGCGAAGGCGCCACACAUACUCCGGGAAUGUUCACGAGCCUCUUCGCGCGUGUGAAGGGACUUACUGAGGUUGCGCUGUCCGACAUGAUCAGGGAAAACGCGAACUUGAAGGUAUUUAAUGUUCGCCCGGGAGGCGUUGAUUGGAAGAACCACCCGGAGAUUCAUCCCUUCAUCCCAAAGCAGGCCAUGUGGAAAAGCGCACUGCUACCGCCGUUAAGCGUGGUCUAUAAGAGCAUGAUGAUGCCGACGCAGCCCAUGGGUAGGGUCUUGACGGAGCUGGCGGCAUCGAAAGGCGAACCGCUGCUUGGUAGUGGUAUUGAGAUGGAUGGCGGUGUGAUCACAAAUGCAGCUCUUCGACGCUUGGCUGGUCUUUGA